CAAGUCCUUGGACAAGGGACACUUACCUUUUGUGGGUCCUCACUUUUCUCCGACCCUCAACACCCUGCAAAGGCUUCACCCAACGGUCAACUAAAGCACCGGACCCCUCGUCCUCGUAUCACCGUCAAUCAGGCGCUUAUUCCCCAUAAAGAUCCAGUCCAACACACAACAUCAUCGUUGUCCGUACAAAUACGUCAAGAACUAUUUGUAGCAGCAGAGGAAAAAACAGCCCCGUCUUCGAAUUUGGCCACCACGAUGUUUGCUAAGUUAUUUCCAGAGGGCACUGCUGAACACCAUUAUCCUCAGAGAAGUUUGACACCGGCGGACUUGGAUCCACGUGUAACACUUCACUAUGGGAUCCCUUCUACUGCAUCCAUCCUUGCUUUCGACCCAACUCAAAGCCUAUUGGCCAUAGGAACUCUGGAUGGCAGGAUAAAAGUGAUUGGUGGUGAUAACAUUGAAGCGCUUCUUACAUCUCCUAGGCAAUUGCCCUUUAAACACUUGCAGUUCUUACAAAAUCAAGGUUUUCUAGCCAGUAUCUCAAAUGAAAACGAAAUUCAGGUCUGGGAUUUAGAACACAGGCAAAUAGCUUCUACUCUACAGUGGGAGUCCAAUAUAACUGCUUUCUCUGUCAUUGAUGGCACCGCUUACAUGUAUAUAGGAUGUGAGUAUGGGAUGAUAUCUGUGCUAAAGUAUGAUGCUGAAGGCAGAAACAUUACACAAUUACCAUAUUGUGUUUCCACGAAUAUCAUAGCUGAAGCAGCUGGGCUGUCAUUGGAAGAUCAUCUUCCUAUUGCAGGAGUUCUCCACCAACCUUGUUCUCCGGGAAAUAGAUUGCUGAUUGCAUAUCAGAAUGGGGUGAUGGUGCUAUGGGAUGCUUCUGAAGAUUGCACUGUUCUUAUUAGAGGCUAUGAAGACCUCCUAUUGAAGGAUAAAACCGUGGUUCAUUGUCCAAAAGACACAAGACAAGAGCAGUCUGAUGAUGUAUCAGAUGACAGAGAAAUGGACAAAGAGAUAAGCUCUCUUUGUUGGGCAUCUAAUAAUGGGUCAGUUCUUGCAGUUGGCUAUGUAGAUGGUGAUAUAAUGUUUUGGAACCUACAAAAUACUGCCGCUGCCACAGAUCAGAAAGCUGAAAAAUCAUUUAACAAUGUUGUUAAGUUACAAUUAUCAUCAGCUAGCAGAAGACUCCCAGUCAUUGUUUUACAUUGGGCUAUGAAUAGAUCUGCUAAUGAUUGUGAAGGCCAACUUUUUGUCUAUGGCGGUGAUGAAGUUGGAUCAGAAGAAGUUUUGACGAUUUUGAGCCUAGACUGGUCUUCUGGGAUUGAAAGUAUGCAAUGCAUUGGACGUGUAGACCUUACACUUGAUGGAUUUGCGGAUAUGGUUCUAUUACCAAGUUCUGGUAGAACGGAGAAUGGUACCAUGUCUCUAGCUGUAUUGACAAGUCCUGGAAAACUGCAUAUCUAUGACAAUAAUUGCUUGUCUGCCUUAAUUUCUCAAAAAGAGAAAAAGGCUUCUGCAGUUGCAUUGCAGUAUCAUAUGAUCAUACCCACUCUUGAUCCAUACAUGACUGUGGCGAAGCUUGGAUUGGUUUCUAGAGAUGGGAAGUUCUCAAAGGCUCUGUCUGAGGCUGCCUCAGCUGCAAAAAUUUAUGCGGCACAUACUCCAGAUAUGGGAGGUACAAAGUGGCCUCUAACUGGUGGUGUUCCCAGUCAGCUUCUUGACUCUGAAGAUUGUUACAUUGAGAGAUUAUACAUAGCUGGUUACAAAGAUGGAUCUGUUCGAGUAUGGGAUGCCACAUAUCCUGUCCUGUCACUUAUUUAUCUUUUAGGAUCUGAGGUGAAUGGCAUCAAUAUUGCUGGUACAAGUGCAUCAAUAUCAGCAUUGGAUUUCUGCUCUAAAACUUUAAGUCUUGCCAUUGGCAAUGAAUGUGGUCUGGUUCUCCUUUACAAGCUAAUGCAUAGUUCGGAUGAUACGAUUUUGCACUUCGUGACAGAAACUGAAAAUGAAGUUUAUAACUUGCACCAAGGGGAAGGGCCUCACUGCUCAGCUGUAUUUUCCCUCAUCAAUUCUCGUAUAUGCACCCUGCAAUUUGCAAAUUUUGGAUCACGACUUGCCGUAGGAUUUGAAUGUGGCAGGGUUGCAAUGCUUGAUAUCAGUACACAGUCAGUUUUGUUUGUUACAGAGUGUGUAACCAACUCAAGUGCCCCUGUCAUUUCUCUUGCUGUGAAAACGUUUUCAGAUACAAAUGUAAUAAACAGUCCAGAGGACUCUGAAUCCAAAACUUCAAAAAAUCUUGGACAGGAGCUAGUGUUUGUAAUGACCAGCAAUGCGCACAUCAUUGUCAUGGAUAGUGAGACAGGCAAUAUGGUUAGCAGUUGGUCAAUGAACCCAGAAAAGGAUUCAGCUGCAAUUUCUAUGUACAUGAUAGACGGGAGCAAUUUCAUCCCUGAUGUGUCCAAUAAAAAGCAUUCAUUGAACUUACAUCCAAAAAGUGAAGAUAAAGGUGAAUCUGCACAAAGUAAUUUGCAGUCUGGAAGUACACCACAUGAAGUUCAACUUGAAACCUCGAGCGAAAUUGCGUGUUUUGGGUUGCAAUCAAUGAGCUUAUUCUUUUUACUUUGUUGUGAAGAUGCAUUGCUAUUAUACCCUUUGAAGUCUAUGACCAAGGGUGACAGAGAGCCAAUUGGGAAGGUGAGUCUUGUAAAGCCAUGUUGUUGGACUACAACCUUUAAGAAAGAUGAGAAAGAGUGUGGACUGGUUGUUCUCUAUCAGAGUGGAGUCAUUGAGAUCAGGUCUUUGCCAACUCUUGAAGUAUUGAGAGAAACAAGUUUAAUGUCAAUCCUAAGGUGGAACUUCAAGACUAACAUGGAGAAGACAAUGUUUUCUUCCCAUAACGGGCAAAUUAUUCUGGUCAAUGGGUGCGAACUUGCUGCAGUAUCUAUAUUGGCCAAUGAAAAUGACUUCAGGAUUCCGGAGUCCUUGCCUAGUCUUCAUGAUAAAGUCCUUCAAGCUGCUGUAGAUGCUUCCAUCAUCACCUCUCCAAAUCAGAAGAACAGACAGGAUGUUGCCCCUGGAUUGUUAGGUGGUGUGAUUAAGACCUUUAAAGCGAUUAGAGAGGCGCACAAUGCAGAUCUUACUGUGGCUCAUAAGAAUAAUUUUUCACAUUUAGAAAGCUUAUUUUCAACUCCCCCUUUCUUAAAGCCUCCCGCAGCAUUAGCAAAUGACCAAGACAUUGUGGAGCUCAACAUUGACAAUAUCCAAAUUGAUGAACCCAUGGCAGUCUCUUCUUCCUUUCAGAAGAGCAAUAAUGAUGGGAGAGUUAAGGGCACGGAGAGAGAGAGAUUAUUCGAGGGUGCAUCUACUGAGACAACUCCAAGACUGAGGACAGCAGAAGAAAUUAAGGCAAAAUACAGAAAGGCAGGGGAUGCCUCUUCAGCAGCUGCACAAGCAAGGGACAAGCUUGUAGAGCGGAAAGAAAAGCUUGAGAGGCUCAGUCAGAGAACUGAAGAGCUGAAAAGUGGGGCUGAGAACUUUGCUUCAAUGGCAAGUGAACUCGCAAAGACGAUGGAACGUCGUAAAUGGUGGAACAUAUGACAUGUUGGCAUCAAUUUAUAAUAGCCCGAUUGACCUGGUUUGGAGUGGCUUUGUUCUUAUUAAAGCAUUUUCAGAGGUAGCCAGCACAAUUUAGUAGAGGAUUCUACGAGAAAUUUGGAGCAAGCAUUCACACCAAAUUCUCAUGUUAAUAUUUAUUAUUAGGUAAUUACUGAUUCCGGCCCUGGUUGUGUAAAAAGGUAAUUCAUUUUCUAAAUUCAGCGGAAAAUAAAAAUCCAUUUUGAUUUCUUUUUUAACACUUCUGUAUAUA